AUGGUGCGUCGGAGGAAAGCAAUCGCAAUCAAAAAGCCGGACUCUUCCAGCGGUGGUUUUCAAUUUUUCGAGGCAACCGAGAAGCUGGGUAUCUACGAUUCUGGAAUUGUAAAAAUGGAUCGGACCAUGUUGAUGGUCGAUGGCAAGCUAACUGCAGAAGUUCUUGAGUUAGCUGGAAAUGUGAGCAAAGAUCUGAAAGUGAAGAGGAUUACUCCAAGGCAUUUGCAGUUGGCGAUUAGAGGAGAUGAGGAGCUUGUGACACUCAUCAAAGGAACAAUUGCUGGAGGAGGGACAACACCUCAUCCACCAAUUGUUCAUUUGAUGAUUGUGUCAAGCUCCUUAUCUCAUGUGAUCGCCAAAUGCAAAUGUCUUGGAUUUCCAGUGGGUCGUAUUCACAGGCAACUCAAGACCAUAGUUUCUGCACAUGGUAGAGUUGGUGCCACUGCUGAUGUCUACACGGCUUCAAUCCUUGAAUACCUAACUACAAAGGUUCUUGAGUUGGCUGGAAACGCGAGCAAAGAUCUAAAAGUGAAGAGGAUAACUCCAUGGCAUUUGCAGUUGGCGAUCAGAGGAGAUGAGGAGCUUGACACACUCAUCAAAGAAACAAUUGCUGGAGGAGGUGUGAUCCCUCACACCCACUAG